AUGAAUAAAGAAGCGGUUCAAGACUUUCAAGAGGGUGAAUCGAAGUUUGUGUGGACCGACGAGUUCGUGUCCGUAUUCCUCUUCCUCAUGCAGGAAAGACGCCAGAAAACAGACACAGUCAUGGAAGUUCCUGCCAUCAAUGCAACCAUCGCCGCCGACUCAAGUGCUAAAAAUUUGACGAAACAAAAAACUCAUUUAGUUCAAGCCAUCAAUGCAACCAUCGCCGCCGCCUCCAGUGCUCCGAAUUGGACCCAACAAGAAACGCAUUUAGUUCCUGCCAUCAUUACAACCAUCGCCGCCGCCUCCAGUGCUCCGAGGUUGACCCAACAAAAAACUAAUUUAGUUCCUGCCAUCAAAGGAACCAUCCCCGCCGCAUCCAGUGCUCCGAAUUUGACCCAACAAAAACUCAUGCAGUUCCUGCCAUCAAUGCAACCAUCGCCGCUGCCUCCAGGGCUCCGAAUUUCAGCCAUCAACAAACUCAUUCAGUUCCUGCCAUCAAUGCAACCGUCGCCACCGCAUCCAGUGCACCGAAUAUCACCCAACAAAAAAACUCAUUCAGUUCCUGCCAUCAAUGCAACCAUCGCCGGCGCCUCCAAGUUUCUGGGGACGUUUAAAUCAAGGAUUCUCUCAAAUUCAACAUUUCCCUUACUUACACUCUUUACCUCAUGGAAUGAAAAUCAAGAAAAACAUCUUGUUCAUAACCUUACUCUCAUAAACUGGCGGUCAUUGCACCCUUACGUGAUUCCCGUGGUUUUUACUAAUGAGAGCUCAGUUAUCAACGAGUGUAACAAGGCGGGCGUCACGACGUUGCCGCUUUCAAAUGUUGCAGCAGACGGCAUUCCCGUGCUAAAGUAUAUGUUUCGUGACGCAAUGGACCAUUUCAAUACGUCAUUCUAUGCUUUCAGUAACGGCGAUAUACUUUUCACAGAUACAUUGAUACGCACGUUAGCUCAUAUGAUUCACUCUACAACGGGAAAUUUGAGUAAGCCUGUUUUAAUUGUUGGACGGAGAACUAACGUCGAAAACGUCACGUUUGAGGAAGGCUUACACUGGGAAAAUAUUACCCGCAUUUCAAAAAGCAGAGGCAAAUUGUUUGGAGGUUGGGCGGAGGACUACUUUAUUACUACGCCGUCCUAUUCAUGGAAUAAGGUAGCGGAGGUUGUGAUAGGGCGGAGGGCGUAUGACAACUGGCUUGUGUAUAAUGCGAGAAAAAUGAAAUACACUGUCAUAGACGCUACCGAUACACUAGUGGCUGUACAUCAGACCACAAAGGCAGGGAAUUUUGAAGGUCACAGUCACUCUAAUAGGGACUACAAUCACAAUUUAUUGGCCAAAAUGUAUACAAGAAUACCAUACCAAGCCGGUGUUGUUGGUUGUAUAGAAAUGUAUACUCAAUAUGACUUAAAACAAUUUCAGGUUAAAGUUAGAAAGGUUCCUGCUUAUUGUAGCGUGUGAUAUAUUUAGUAUUUUUUAUUUCAUGUACAAUUUUUUCGGCGUUGCUGCCUAAGCUCUAUCACCAAUACUUCUUGCAAUAAUGUAUGCAGAGUAAACAUUCAAGGCCAAUCGAACAGGGUAAAUUUAAUAAUUUUAGAAAAAUGUAAACAUAUAUCAAUUGUUUAACGGUAACCCGUAACUGUGUCUUUUUUUCAAAGCAUUACAAAUAAUAUUAUUGCUCAAAUAAAACUGUUGCAAUGCAUAUUUACAUGUAUAUCAUGCACACUAAUUUAACACAAUUUUGAACAGUUGUACACAUCUUGUGUUAAAAUCAUAUUGUCACGUGCGUCAAAAUAAUUUACAAAACUUUUUGCUUUGUAAUUUGUAACCGUGCAAACAUUACUAAUCAGAUGUGGAAAUACUCGAUCGAGUCAAUCAUGAAAUUUUUUUUUCGCAAAGAACUCAUGAUUGCUCAGUACAAUUAAGUUGUUGAUUUGCUUGACAAUAUAUCCACUAACUAUAUAAAAACGAACUGUUUGCUAUAUAAUUAUGUCAGAAAAUUCCCAAUAGUGUUAAAAAAACACAUACAAUGACAUUUUAGUGUUAAGUA